AACCACUUACCCACACUGGGGACUCUGCAAUAUGACAAAGGAUUUGUUUCGUUUUUAAAAAAUGUCAGCGGCUGUACUGAUGAAAACCUCACAGCUGUCCACAGUUUCCUGACCAGCCUCAAUAAAAACACAGCGGCGAAGGGCUGAUCAUUGUGCACAGCAGCGAUCUUCAGUCCAAAACGUUUGAGAUCCUCCCUGACGCCAUGUCUGCACCUCUCCUGACUCCCCUGGUAGUGGGUCUCCUGAUUGCCUUGGCCCGAGCAGCCCAACAGGACUCAGGCAUUGUGAAUGGCAGGGAGGCUCAGCCACACUCCAGACCUUACAUGGUCUCUGUGCAGCAAGGGAACAAGCACAUCUGUGGAGGUUUCCUGGUGUCCAGGUCCUUUGUAAUGACGGCAGGGCAUUGCUGGACAAAAGACGGAAUGACAGUUCUGCUUGGGGCCCAUGACAUUUCUGAGAAACGAAAGUCAAUCAGGGCUGAAGUAGCAGGGUACCGCAUCUACCCUGGGUACAAUGCUUACACACUGGAGAACGACAUCAUGCUGCUGAAGCUCAAGACUGUAGUUCAGAAGACAAAAGAAGUGAAGUGGAUCUCCCUGCCUGAGAAAGACGAAGACAUACAGCCCAAUAAGCUCUGCAGUGUGGCAGGAUGGGGGGCCAUCAAAUCGAAUGGGGCCACAAGCCCACGCCUUCAGGAAGUCAAUGUGAGCGUCGUGGACCGAGCAGAGUGCCAAGAAAGGUGGGGGAAUAAACCGAUCACACCCAGGAUGAUGUGUGCAGGGGGAAGUGCCGACAAAAGAGGAUUCUGCCAGGGAGACUCAGGGGGUCCACUGGUGUGCAGUGGACUAGCAGUGGGAAUCGUUUCCUUCAACUAUAAUAAAAAUUGCACCUACCCAAAUCGGCCCAACGUUUAUACUCAGAUCUCAAAGUUCGUGCCCUGGGUUAAGAAGUACAUCAACAACACUUCUUUGUCUUUCUUGAAACCCCUCAACAUCACCACCAGUGAGGGAGCUACCCUGGAUCAGGGGGAUCCACUGCACUUCUUUGCUCUUCUGAACUGCAGUCUUGAGCUGAUCCAGAAACAGAGCCAAUCAGAGUCCUUGCCCGGCACACAAGUCAGGAACAGAGCCAAUCAGAGUCCUCGCCCGGCAUACGAGUCAGAAGCAGAGCCAAUCAGAGUCCUCGCCCGGCACGAGUCAGAAACAGAGCCAAUCAGAGUCCUCGCCCAGCACAUGAGUCAGAAACAGAGCCAAUCAGAGUCCUCGCCCGGCACACGACACAGCGGCGAAGGGCUGCUGAUCGUGCACAGCAGCGAUCUUCAGUCCAAAACGUUUGAGAUCCUCCCUGACGCCAUGUCUGCACCUCUCCUGACUCCCCUGGUAGUGGGUCUCCUGAUUGCCUUGGCACAAGCAGCUUCCUUUGGUGUGGAGAUUAUCAAUGGGCAUAUCGCAAAGAAGGGCUCCAUGCAGUACAUGGCGUCUGUGCAGAAAGAUGGGAAGCAUAGAUGCGGAGGAUUCCUGAUAUCUCCCGAGUUUGUGCUCACAGCAGCACACUGUGACCAUGGAGAAAACAUGAGUGUGGUUCUCGGCACCCAUAACAUCACAGAGGGAAAUAAGAAUAUUCAGAGAUUCACUGUGAAGAGCAGAAUAAAGCACCAAAAAUACAAAGAAGUGAUUUUGGGCAAUGACAUCAUGCUGCUGAAGCUAUCAAAAAAAGUUAAAUCAGGCAAAAAUGCAAAGGGUGUGAAAAUUCCGACCAAGGAUAAACCCAUUGGUCCGAACACAAAGUGCAUCGUGGCUGGCUGGGGCUCAACCGGGACUCAAGGCUCCGUCACCGACCUUCGCGUUGUUAGCGUGUCCACCAUUGACCUUGGCAUCUGCAGGGGACAGUGGAACAUCGUCGAAGAAAAACUGCCAGCGAAUAUAAUCUGCGCUGGAGGGUACAAGACUGAAAGUGGGGCGUGCCAGGGAGACUCAGGGGGUCCACUGGUGUGCAGUGGACUAGCAGUGGGAAUCGUUUCCUUCAACUAUAAAAAAAAUUGCGCCUACCCAAAUCUGCCCAACGUUUAUACUCAGAUCUCAAAGUUCUUGCCCUGGAUCAAGAAGUACAUCAAAAACAUUCCUUAG